CUCGUGAAAUGACUUUUCAGUCAUCACUAUACCAUCACUUUCAUCCCUGCACCUCAUCCUUCCUCCCUAUUGAGCACGCCGCACCUAUAGCGAUCCAUUCACCAUGGACGUGAAGCCUGUUCGUAGCUCCGAUGGGUCGGCCAAGAGCGAGAUGGGUGCCAUUGCACCUCCCACUCUCCUCAACGACGCCGAUGAUCUCGACCGACAAAUUGCCACUAUGUCGCCGGAGGAGUACGCAAAGGUAGAGAAGAAGCUCAAGAUCAAGAUGGACCUUCAAGUCGUCCUUCUCUGCGGUGUCUUCUAUCUCCUGAGCUUCCUCGACCGGACAAAUAUUGCAAGCGCCCGGAUCAUGGGAUUGGUGGAGGAUCUGAAGCUCUCGGAGCAUGAUUUCAGCGUCGUCCUGACCGUUCUCUAUCCCACAUAUAUCUGCUUCGAGAUCCCUUCCAAUCUUCUGCUCAAGAAGGUCGGAGCUGCACGACUGCUCCCAACGCUCGUCGUUUGCUGGGGUAUUGCAUGCAUCACACAAGGUGUCGUCACCACCAAGACCGGUCUAUACAUCAAUCGUAUUUUCUUGGGUCUAGCAGAAGCAGGACUUCUACCCGGUCUGAUCCUCUACAGCACCUUCUUCUACAAGCCUUCUGAAAUUCAAUUGCGACAAGCGAUCUACUUCGGUGGUGCAUCCAUGGCUGGUGCUUUUGGAGGCCUCAUCGCCGCCGGUAUCGAGAAUAUCCAGGCUGCAGGAUGGAAUCCAUGGAGGUGGCUCUUUAUUGUUGAAGGGCUGCUCACCGUCUUCGUCGGCUUCAUCUGCUUCUUCCUGCUGCCCAACGGCCCUGAGAAGCUCAAAGGUCUCACACCUCUUGAGAAGCGAGUCGCUUUGCACCGUGUGGGCAAGGGAUCUGGACAGGACUAUGCAGCGGGAGAGAAGCAUGCUGCUCUUAUCAACCCUGGUCAGGAUCAGUUCGCCCCUGUCGGCAACCCCGACAUUGAGCGUGAGACGCACAGAUUCAAAUUGAACGUCUUCUGGAAGGUCGCCACCGACCCCUUUGGGCUUCUACUGGCUAUGGUGAACUUCUGUACGGUCGUCGGUGUCUUCUCCACCGCGUUCUUCGCACCCACCAUUGUGCGCUCCCUAGGAAUCUCCACUCAGCGCACGACCAUCCUACUCCUGACGGUGCCUCCCUACAUCGCUUCUUUCCUCUUCUCAAUUGCUCUGGGUGUGUUUGCGGGUCGGUAUCGCUGGCGUGGUGGAGCCUGCUUCAUGGGCAUUACCCUAGCCAUCGUCGGAUAUGCAACUGCAUACGCUGCCUCUACUCCAGCUGGUGGCUAUGCUGGACUGAUCAUCAUGUCCAUGGGAUCAUUUUCCCUCGGUCCUAUCAUCUUCGCUUGGUCCUCACUUGGGACAUGGAGUCACUACAAGCGCGCCAUCACCGUCGCCUUGAUGAUCGUCUUCUCCAACUCGGGAGCCAUCGUCAGUGUCUGGCUAGACUUUCCCGAAGAGGGAAGCGUGCAACAUGCCUCUGGCUUCCUCAUCAACCUAGCCCUGAACAUUGCUGCCCUCUUCUUCCUUGCCGCACUUGAGACCUACGUCUGGUACGACAGGAGGGAAAAGGCGGCCGGGAGGAGAGAUUGGAAGGCCGAUAAGGUCAGGGAACAAUUCCCAGGCGCUACACCCGAGCAGGUCAGAGAGUACUUGGGCGACGAGGCGGCUGAGUUCAAGCGGGACUAUUAGAAGAAGCAUGUCCCUUGCUCAAUGCCUUCAUUCCUUCCGUACUCGUCCUUCUCGCUUCUCGAACUUCUCACCCGGAAUGGGUUUCUUCCCUCCUCCUUCAUGCCCUUUUAGAUCUCCAUAACGAUAAUGUCCGCGCCCUGCCUGUCACCAUACCUCUCUCCACACUUGUCAUUAUCAAGAAGCCAAAUUCAAUUCUCGUGUCUAUCAUACAUCUUGCGAUCGCUCCAGAAGUGCAUCUUGUCGGGUCUCCCUGCUGCCGCU